CCUGAGAGAAGCUGAGAUUGGUUCCCUAACAGCGCUUGUUUCCGGGGGGACGCUCCUCGGCGACGGACUCAAAAUGGCGGCGCCCAUGUGGAAGCCAGAUCUGCGGCGGCGGCCAUAAGGAACUACGGAGAGCGGAGAGGACGGAGCCAUGAGGCGGGCGUGGGCUGGCCUGCAGGGGCUCUUCGCGGUCUACAAGGCCCCCGGGGUCCACUGGAUGAUGGUCCGGGACGCCGUGGAGACCCGGCUGCUGAGAGAUUUGAAUGCUUUACAGCGGCCUCCCCCACGGAAGGAGGUCCGAUUUCUGCCCACCAGCACAGAAGGAAAGGACGGAGAUGAGUUGACCAUGACAGUUGCAUCAGUCCCGGUGUUAGCUAACCAUCCAUUAGUUUCUGGACCAGCGUUCACCCGUCUAAAAGUUGGGGCAGGUCAUCGCCUGGACAUUAAAUCAUCUGGCGUAUUUGUGCUUGGACUGGGUCAUGGCAAUAAGCUGCUCCAUGAUCUGUACAAUGCCCAUCUCAGCCGGACGUACACUGUUCGCGGCUUGUUCGGCAAAGCCACUGACGACUUCUCCGAUGAAGGCAAACUGAUUGAGAAGACAACAUUUGAUCACAUCACCAGGGAGAAGCUGGAACGGAUUCUCUCUGUUAUCCAGGGGUCCCAUCACAAGGCUUUGCUGCAAUAUGCUAACCUUGACUUGAAAACACAAGAGGCCUAUGAGUUGGCGGUGAGAGGACUGAUUCGCCCCAUGGACAAAAGCCCGCCUUUGAUCACAGCAGUCCGGUGUCUCCAGUUUGCGCCUCCUGAAUUCCAACUGGAAAUUCACUGUUUGCAUGAGACGCAACAAUAUCUCCGAAAGAUAGUUCAUGAAAUUGGGCUGGAGCUGAAGUCCUCUGCCGUGUGCACGCAGGUCAGAAGGGUCCGCGACGGUGUCUUCACGUUGGAGGAUGCUCUUUUGAGGACACAGUGGUGCCUGCCCAACAUCCAGAAGGCAAUUGUGAAGUCCGGGCUCAGGGUUGAGGAGCUCCACAAGAGCCUGGCUCACCAGGAGGAGCCCUGGACCGACGAGGAGGGAGAUGGAAAGACUGACGGAGAAGCUGAUGGAGGACCAGGGCAAAACAAGGGAGGAAACACCUUGUGGGAAGGUGCAGCGAUAAGAUGAAGGACAUUCUUAACAAUGGGCAUAAUCUCUGGGACAUGCCCUUUUCAAAUCCCUAAGUGUUGACUUUAGGCCAAUAAGAUCAGAAGACCCAAGCUCAAGAAAGCAGUACAAUGUUUUAAUAUUUAUUUCCAAACAAAUUAUCAAGUGAUUAUCUCUGAACAAUCACCUUCUCAAAGAAUAACAACAUCUGUCAUAGUUUAGACCCAAAUUCUGCCAACUAGUAAGAUGAGAAAUCCUCAUUCCAAGAUACUGAAAAAGUCACGGACAUGAGCUAAGUCUGAAUUAUGAGGAUUGUCCAACCAUAUGAAUUGAAAACAGGUCAUUUUUUUCAGGGAAGAAAGCCAGAAGAGGCUCAACCUCUUAUAGGAUGUUACCUUCUAUUAUCCCAGCUCCAGGGGAUGUUGAACUACAACUUCUUCAUUACUGGCUAUACUUUCUAGGGCUAAUGGGAGUUGUCCAUCAGAUGGACAGCCACACAUUCUAUGUUCAUAAUUUAGAACUGAUGGGAUAUUAUACUCCCCUUCACCAAACAUUACAUGGUUAGUUCAACUUUCAGAAACAAGGGGGGGGGGGGCAAUUCAACACAACCACUUACAAUUCUCCAUGGUUUGGAGAACACCCUAUAUGCACCAAUGCUUAGUUGUUAGCCAGGUCAACUUCUCCCAUCUAUUAACAUUAAAGAAAUGUAAAAUGUUAA